UAGCCAUUGAACACCGGACCAGAUCGUCAGUCAUCUAACAGACACGAGACACACAGCAAAAUUACACGGAAUCAAUCUUUCCACAAUUCUGCAACAGCUGGUCACACAUUGUCGUCGUGAUCGUUAUUUUCACCCACACCCUGUUCACAGCAACUGUUUCGUUUCGAUUGCAUAUUUAUUUAAACGUCUCAUUCACAGUUCUCUGUCGAUAUAAUUGUAUAAUUUUUUUUAAAAAAAAAGUUUAAACCGUAAAGAAAAUAAAAUGUCGGAAGACGCGUUCAUCGUAUCACCCACCAGAAAACACACAGGCACCAUCAUAUUCUUGCACGGACUUGGAGAAAAUGGGGAAAACUGGAAGCUAGUGCUCUCUAAAAUGGUCAAACCCAACGUCAAAGUCAUCUGCCUUAAUGCAAAGAAAAUUCCUCUCACCCUUAACAAGGGUUUCCCAACGGCUGCGUGGUUUGAUUUAGCGUCGCUGGAUGAAAAUAAACUGGAAGACGAGACGAGUAUCAUGCGGGCCGUCGAAAAUCUGCACGACAUCAUCGACGAGGAGAUCGCUGCGUCCAAAGUGUCAGCCACCAAAACCAUGUUGGCCGGUUUCUCACAAGGUGGCGCCCUGGCUAUGUAUGCUGCACUUACCUAUCACAAACGGUUAGCUGCCGUCAUAGCCAUGUCCAGUUGGCCGGUGCUCCGACACACCUUGCCCGAUGCGGCCGUCAGCAACACCAACAUUCCGAUGUUACAAUGUCACGGGACCGAAGAUCCGGUCAUUUACUACAAAUGGGGAUUAAUUUUGGCCGAUGCCCUCAAGGAAAUGAACCCCAAGUACGAGUUUAAAUCAUACGAGGGUUUGAUGCACGCCGUAAACGACCAGGAAUUACAAGAUGUCAAAACUUUCAUCAACAAAAUAUUCCCUUGAUCAAAUAAAUAUAUUAUACAGAAAAUUGAUGUAGAAUAACUUUAUAGUUCAAAAACGUCUGAGAAUUUGCUUAUACAUAAUUUAUUAGUUGUAUAUUUUUAAUUAUAUGUUUAAGUGUAUGAAUUUUGUGUUCAUUUAUUACUUUUGUUAUUUUAUCGUUGUCAAUGCGUUGACUUGGAAUUUGUGCAAUUAUAUUUGAUAUGUCACUAUGACAAAAUAUAAAUAAAAAUGUAAAAUAAAA